CCCAUUAAAAUCACUUGGAUCUUUAUUCUUGUCUUGCAGAAUGCAGAACCUUUCCAGGUUGCUGUCCGAGAAGACAAUUGUAUCGUUGUCUCCCUGGAAGCAUCUGAUGUGGUGAGCUCAUCCUCUGUAUAUGUUGUGAAGAUAGCUGGAGAAUCCAAGAACUACUUUUUCCAGUUCGAAGAAUUCAAUAGCACUUUACCUGCCCCUGUGGUUUUUAAUGCCAAAUACCAUGGCCUAUAUUACAUAGUAACUCUGUUGGUAGUGAACUCAAAUAUGGUUUCCAAGUCAGCAAGAUCAAUCACUGUGUUAACCAAACCCCUUCCUGUGAGCAGUGUUUCUAUCUAUGAUUACAAACCAUCUCCAGAAACAGGAGUGUUGUUUGAAAUUCAGUACCCAGAGAAGUACAAUGUUUUUACCAGGGUAAAUAUAAGCUAUUGGGAAGGAAAAGACUACCGAACAAUGCUGUACAAAGAUUUCUUUAAAGGCAAAACAGUUUUCAAUCACUGGCUACCGGGUAUAUGCUACAGUAACAUCACGUUUCAGCUGGUUUCAGAAGCAACCUUCAACAAAAGCACGCUAGUGGAAUACAGCGGGGUCCAGCAUGAGCCCAAACAGCACAGAACAGUUCCUUACCCACCUCGAAACAUUUCUGUUCAGAUUGUACCGAUCAACAGAAACAACUGGGAAGAGCACAGCGGGAAUUUUGCGGAAGAAUCAUUCAUGGGACCACAAGAAAUCAUAAGGAAAGAAAAACUUGGCCAUUUUUCUGACAACCCACCUGAAACUCCAGCGGCAAACAGAUCUGCAGCCUGGCCAGACUUUCGCUAUAACAGCACUGAGUAUGAAACCACGUCGCAGCCAUACUGGUGGUCUAACGAAGCUGAGUCGUCAGAGGGUGAAGAGGAGUUUGUCAAUGCAGUUUCCAAUGAUUACGAGGCCAAUGAUGUCAACACGUCUGUAAGACUCACGCCAGAGCCCCCCUCCUUCCUUCCUGUGCAAAUGGUGCUGACCUGGUUACCACCAAAGCCGCCUACGGCGUUUGAUGGCUUCCAUAUCAAUAUUGAAAGGGAAGAGAACUCCACGGAAUUUUUGACAGUAAGUGAGGACACUCACAAAUUUGUUGCUGAACUGAAAGAACCAGGAAAAUAUAAGUUGUCUGUAACAACAUUUAGCUCCUCUGGCUCUUGUGAAGUGCGGGGAAGUCAAUCGGCAAAAACACUUAGCUUUUACAUCAGCCCCACAGGUGAAUGGAUAGAGGAGCUCACUGAAAAGCCCCAGCACGUGACCGUGACGGUGCUGAGCUCCACUACUGCCCUGACAGCCUGGACGGCAUCCCCGGAGAGCGGCGGCAACAGCACCAUCGUCUCUGUGGUCUCCCUGACCUGUCGGAAGCAAAAGGAGAGUCAGAGGCUUGAAAAACACUACUGCACUGAGGUGAAUUCAAGCAGCAGCCUCAUUGAAAAUCUUGUUCCUGGUGCCCAGUACCAAGUUGUGGUUUACUUACGGAAAGGACCGUUGGUUGGACCGCCUUCUGAUCCUGUUACAUUUUCUAUUGUGCCCACUGGAAUAAAGGAUCUGACGCUUUACCCUUUGGGACCCACUGCUGUGGUUUUGAGCUGGAACAGACCUUUCCUUGGGGUAUUCAGGAAAUAUGUUGUAGAAAUGUUUUACUUCAACCCAUCAACGAUGACCUCAGAGUGGACAACCUACUAUGAAAUAGCAGCAACCGUCUCCUUAACUGCCUCUGUGAGAAUAGCUAACCUGCUGCCUGCUUGGUAUUACAAUUUCCGGGUCACCAUGGUGACCUGGGGCGACCCAGAGCUGAGCUGCUGUGACAGCUCCACCAUCAGCUUCAUAACAGCACCAGUGGCACCCGAGAUUACCUCCGUAGAAUAUUACAACCACCUUUUGUACGUCACCUGGAGCUAUGGAGGAGAUGGUACUGACCUUUCUCAUUCCAGGAUGCUGCACUGGAUGGUGGUUGCAGAAGGAAAGAAAAAAGUCAAGAAGAGUGUAACACGUAAUGCGAUGACUGCAGUGUUGAGCUUGCCUCCGGGGGACAUUUACAACCUUUCAGUGACUGCUUGUACUGAAAGAGGCAGCAAUACUUCCCUGCCCCAGCUUGUGAAAUUGGAACCAGCCCCUCCAAAAUCACUGUUUGCUGUCAACAAAACUCAGACCUCUGUGACUCUGCUGUGGGUGGAAGAAGGAGUGGCCGAUUUCUUUGAAGUCUACUGCCAGCAGGCUGGAUCUGGUCAGGAAACAAAAGUCCAGGAACCUGUCACUGUCUCUUCACACGUAGUGACCAUUUCCAGCCUAACCCCUGCCACUUCCUACAACUGCAGUGUGACCACCUUCAGCCACAAUAGCCCCAGCAUCCCCACUUUCAUUGCGGUUUCCACCAUGGUCACCGAGAUGAAUCCCAAUGUAGUGGUAAUCUCCGUGUUAGCCAUCCUAAGUAUCCUUCUGAUUGGACUGCUGCUGGUGACUCUUGUUGUACUCAGGAGAAAGCAUCUACAAAUGGCCAGGGAGUGCGGGGCUGGAACCUUUGUCAAUUUUGCAUCUUUAGAGAGAGAUGGAAAGCUUCCCUAUAAUUGGCGUAGAAGUGUAUUUGCUUUCCUAACUCUGCUACCCUCAUGCCUUUGGACUGAUUAUCUUUUGGCAUUUUAUAUUAAUCCUUGGAGUAAAAAUGGAUUAAAGAAGAGAAAGCUGACCAACCCUGUCCAGUUGGAUGAUUUUGACGGCUACAUCAAAGAUAUGGCCAAAGAUUCAGAUUAUAAAUUUUCUCUGCAAUUUGAGGAGCUAAAACUGAUUGGGCUUGACAUACCCCACUUUGCUGCUGAUCUGCCCAUGAACCGCUGUAAAAAUCGCUACACAAAUAUCCUGCCGUAUGAUUUUAGUCGUGUCCGGUUAGUUUCAAUGAAUGAAGAAGAGGGAUCUGACUACAUUAACGCCAACUACAUUCCUGGUUAUAAUUCACCCCAGGAAUACAUUGCAACCCAAGGACCACUGCCGGAAACUAGGAAUGAUUUUUGGAAGAUGGUUCUCCAGCAAAAAUCUCAAAUUAUUGUAAUGCUCACUCAGUGUAAUGAGAAAAGAAGGGUGAAAUGUGAUCAUUACUGGCCUUUUACAGAAGAUCCUGUUGCAUAUGGGGACAUCACAGUGGAGAUGCUGUCUGAGGAGGAGCACACAGACUGGGUUUACAGGAGUUUCCGAAUUAGCUACGCCGAUGAGGUGCAAGACGUGAUGCAUUUUAACUACACUGCCUGGCCAGACCACGGGGUCCCCACGACCAACGCUGCCGAAAGCAUCCUCCAGUUUGUGCAGAUGGUCAGGCAGAAGUCAGCAAAGAGUAAAGGCCCCAUGGUCAUACACUGCAGUGCUGGAGUGGGACGAACGGGAACCUUCAUCGCCCUGGAUCGGCUCUUACAGCACAUCCGCGAUCACGAGUUCGUGGAUAUAUUGGGCCUGGUGUCUGACAUGCGGUCCUACAGAAUGUCCAUGGUGCAGACAGAGGAACAAUAUAUUUUUAUCCACCAGUGCGUGCAACUGAUGUGGCAAAAGAAGAAGCAGCAGUUCUGCAUCAGCGAUGUCAUAUAUGAGAACGUCAGCAAGUCCUAGUUCAGAGUCACAGGUGGUGAGACCCUGAAGCACACCCAUCUUCCCUUGCUUCUGAUUUUUUUUUCUUUUGAUGGUUUGAACGGCCAGUUGUUCUGCCAGGAGAGACCGCUGCUUUGCAGUACACGGACAACGAAAGAAAGAAACUUUUAAUUUGCUGAAGCACUGGGGAGAAAAAGCCUUAACGAGCCUGCGGUGUCUUUUGAACUGUUU